AUGACUAUGACACAGCUUUACGAUCAGAUUACAGAAUGGUUGCUUCGACGAUAUUCAGAAAAGCAAAAUAUUGAUGCUCAACUAGAUAAACAGGGCAUUUACGACUACUUUCACAAAGAACUAACGGCUUUAGAGAGAAUUGCUUUUUAUGGAAUGAAGAGCGACAACUUGAUUAUUGAGAAGAAUUUGUUACAAAAGAUAUUAAAAGAACUUGAAUCCUCAGCCCCAAAUCGUACAGAACUAUUUAAAAGAUUACUCACUAUUGGUAUUUUGAAAUCGAUUUCUCGAGGACAUAUUGGCACUAAAAUUGAGAUAGAGAAAGAUUACUAUUUUAUUCAUUGGAGUUUCCAAGAAUUUUUUGCAGCACGAUACUUGGUAAGCGCUCUACAAGAUCCUGAUGACAAGUAUUAUAAAGAAGCGAUUAACUUUAUUACACUCGAAAAGUACAACCAACGCUUUCUCUUAGUAUUCACCUAUACAUCUGAUCUGUUAACUGGAAACGCUUCUUUAUCAUCCCUAGAAACAUUUUUCGAAACAAUAUCAUCUGAACCAAGAGAUUUGAUCUGCGCAGGGCAUAUGCAGUUGCUUAUUCGUUGUCUAGAAGAAGCUGGCAGUGAUGAUAGGAUUACUCGACAUGGACCAUCGAUAAAGCAAUCAUCAAAGUGGUUAGAAUAUGCCGCAAAAGAUACACAUGUUGUUAGGUCUUUCCCAUGGUUAAUUCGCUCACUUCGGCACAGUCCAUCACUUCUACGUAAAACUGUAGUAAUAUGCAAACUGAUUGACUUGUUACACCACAGUGAUCGAGAUGUGACAAUGCAAACCAGUGAAAUAAUUGAAACUAUUCAUCUCAAAGAGGCCACCCAGCAACUGAUCGGUACUCUGCAAAAUAUACUCGGCGACGUACAUUACUCUGUCAGACAAGCAGCAGCUCGAGCACCCUGUAACAUCGGUGGAAGUACAGCCGCACUUCUGGCGAUCAAAGCUUUCUUGACUGCACUGGGCGAGGAACAGGAAUCUGUCAGAUGGAGUGCACGUGAAGUUCUUGGCAGCAUCGGUGCAAGUGCAGCCGCGCCUGAGGUGAUCAAAACUUUGUUGACUGCACUUGGUGACGUACACUAUUCUAUCAGACAUGCUGCAGCUAAAGGUCUUGGUAAGAUAGGUGUAAGUACAGCCACGUCCGAGGUGAUCAAAGCAUUAUUGGCUGCACUUAGCGACGCACAUUUUUCUGUCAGACAUGCUGCAGCUAAAGCUCUUGCCUAUAUGCGUGCAAGUGUAGCCACGCCUGAGCUGACCAAAGCGUUGUUGACUGCACUUGGCGACGCGCAUUUUUCUGUCAGACACGCUGCAGCUAAAGCUCUUGGCUAUAUGGAUGCAAGUACAGCCUCGCCCGAGAUGAUCAAUGCGUUGUUGGCUGCACUUGGUGACGUACAUUAUUCUGUCAGACAUGCUGCAGCUCAAGCUCUUGGCAAGAUAGAUGUAAGUACGGCCACGCCCGAGGUGAUCAGAGCGUUGUUGGCUGUACUAGGCGACGUACUUUAUUCUGUCAGACAUGCUGCGGCUCAAGCUCUUGGCAAGAUAGGUGUAAGCAGGGCCACGCCCGAGGUGAUCAGAGCGUUGUUGGCUGUACUGGGCGACGCACAUUAUUCUGUCAGAAAUGCUGCAGCUAAAGCUCUUGGCAAGACAGGUGUAAGCAAAGACACGCCCGAGGUGAUCAGAGCGUUACUAGCUGCACUUGGCGACGCACAUUAUUCUGUCAGACAGGCUGCAGCUCAAGCUCUUGGCAAGAUAGGUGUAAGUACGGCCACGCCCGAGGUGAUCAAAGCGUUACUGGCUGCACUUGGCGACGCGCAUUUUUCUGUCAGGCAUGCUGCAGCUAAAGCUCUUGGCAAGCUGGGUGUAAGCAUAGGCACGCCCGAGAUUAUCAAAGCGUUGUUGGCUGCACUGGGCGAUGAACAUUUUUCUGUCAGACAUGCUGCAGCUAAAGCUCUUGGCUACAUGGAUGCAAGUGCAGCCGAGCCCGAGGUGAUCAAUGCGUUGUUGGCUGCACUUGGCGACGUAUGUUAUUCUGUCAGACAUGCCGCAGCUAAAGGUCUUGGCAAGACUGGUAUAAUUACAGGCACGUCACAGUGUGCAGCCAGGCCGGCUUUUGAUGAAAAACUGACAGUUGAUUUUUCAGUAAUUUUAAGGAUGAUUGAUAUACUUUGA